GAAUUAAUGGGAGCAGCGAGGCAGGACUUGGAUCACUUUGACAGCUCGUGGUGGUGGGGGGCGGGCAGCUGCCCGGGGCCGGAGCAGCUCCGGGAAGUUGGCCUAGGCUAUGCCCGCCCGGCGGUGCGCUGCCGCCCGAGCCCCCCCGCUCCGGUUGCCGUGUCGAUUCGGAAGGAACCGGUGGAUCAAGUUUUUCUCUCUCUCUCUCUCUCUCUGCUGGUUAAUCGCAUUGCUGUAGCACCGGCUGACCUCCCUCCCUCUCCCUCCCUCUCUCUCUCCCUCCCUCUCUCCCUUUUUGUUCUUCAUCUUCCUUGAAAGUAUGUGCCAUUCCUGAGCUGCUCUCCCGGCGGCUCAUCCCGCGCUGCCCGGCUCCGCAUGCCCCACCUGUAAGUGCCGGGGCGGCCGCCUCGCCUCCACCUCCCCCUUUUCUCCCUUCUCCAACUUUCCCCACCUCGCCGUGUCUCCAGCUCCUCUCCUUCUCCCCCCUCCUCUGCUGGAAGGCUGAGCCGCCGGGAUUCCCCAUCACAGCCUGAAAACGGGGAGCAAACUUUUCUUUCCUUCCCCCUUCUCUUCUUCCCGACUUUUAAGAAAUAAAAAGGAAAAAGUAAAAUACAUAACCCCCCUCCUACCCCCAAACGGUGCUUUAAUUUUGGUUACGGAUGGUUCUGUGCCUUUUUUAUUUUUUUAUUAUUUUUUUUUGUUUUCCUCCUCCCUUCCUCCCGUUUCUUUCCUUCACUCCAUUGGCUGGGCUGCUCUUUCCCUGUUGCUUCUGAUGCCUCUCUCCUUCCUCAGUGUGUGCCUGCCUACCUGGACUAGGGGGAACAGAAGCACUGCACUUUGACUAUGGAAGCAGAGGCUGCUGAUGGAUAUAUAACAUCAGGUGACAAUGAGCUUUCACCCGAAAGGGAGCACUCCAGCAUGGCUAUUGACCUCACCUCAAGUACACCCAAUGGGCAGCAUACCUCACCAAGUCACGUGGCAAGCACAAAUUCAGUGAAGGUAGAAAUGCAAAGUGAUGAGGAAUCUGACAGGAAGACCUUCUGUCAGGAAGAUGAGGUCAGGGUUCUCGAUGAAGGAAGCAGCCUGGAAGAGCCCCUCACUGAGAAUAACGAGAUGGCGGAUAACAGAAAGAUUCAGGAGCUAUCGAGCGAGGGAGGAAUCCGGCUUCCGAAUGGUAAACUGAAAUGUGAUAUCUGUGGGAUAAUUUGCAUCGGUCCCAAUGUGCUCAUGGUACAUAAAAGGAGCCACACUGGUGAACGCCCCUUCCACUGCAACCAAUGUGGAGCUUCUUUUACCCAGAAAGGGAACCUGCUGAGGCACAUCAAGUUGCACUCUGGGGAGAAGCCGUUCAAAUGUCCCUUCUGCAACUAUGCCUGCCGACGGAGGGACGCCCUCACAGGACACCUCAGGACCCACUCUGUGGGGAAGCCUCACAAGUGCAACUACUGUGGCCGAAGCUACAAGCAGCGCAGUUCGCUGGAAGAGCACAAGGAACGCUGCCACAACUACAUGCAGAAUGUUGGCAUGGAGGCUGCCGGGCAGGUCCUGAGUCACCACGUACCUCCUAUGGAAGAUUGUAAGGAACAAGAGCCUGUGAUGGACAACAAUAUUCCUAUGGUGCCUUUUGAGAGACCUGCUGUUAUAGAGAAGCUGACAAGCAACUUGGGAAAGCGUAAAAGCUCCACCCCACAGAAGUUUGUGGGUGAAAAGCUCAUGAGACUUGGCUAUCCAGAUAUUCACUUUGAUAUGAACCUAUCCUAUGAGAAAGAGUCUGAGCUGAUACAGUCUCAAAUGAUGGACCAAGCCAUCCACAAUGCAAUCGCCUACCUUGGAGCUGACUCACUUCACCCCCUGAUGCAGCACACACCAAGCACAAUUGCAGAGGUGGCUCCAGUCAGCAGCUCACCUUACGCUCAGGUCUAUCAUCCUAACAGGAUAGAAAGGCCCAUUAGCAGGGAAACAGCUGACAGUCAUGAGAACAACAUGGAUGGCCCGAUCUCCCUCAUCAGACCAAAGAGUCGAACCCAAGAUAGAGAGGGCUCCCCCAGCAAUAGCUGCCUGGAUUCUACUGACUCAGAGAGCAGCCACGAAGACCGCCAGUCCUACCAAGGAAACUCUGCCUUAAACCCCAAGAGGAAGCCAAGCCCGGCUUAUAUGAAGGAGGAUGCCAAGGCUUUGGAUGCCACAAAAGCUUCUAAGGGCUCUUUAAAGGAUAUCUACAAGGUCAUCAAUGGAGAAGGGGAGCAGAUCAGGGCUUUCAAGUGUGAGCACUGUCGUGUUCUCUUCCUGGACCAUGUCAUGUAUACCAUCCACAUGGGCUGCCACGGCUACCGGGACCCGCUGGAGUGCAACAUCUGUGGCUACCGAAGCCAGGACCGCUACGAGUUCUCAUCGCACAUUGUUCGAGGGGAGCACACAUUCCACUAGGCCUUCUCAUCCAAAGGGGACUCUUAUGAAGUAGAAGAACUGCACAUGAAGAAAUACUGCACUUACAGUCCCACUUUUCCUCAGACAUUGAUACGCCUGUUUUGUUGUUGUUGUUGCUGUUGUUGUUGUUGCUGUUGUUUAAUUAAUAUUAUUGUUAACCUUUUUUUUUUUUUUUUUUUUUUUUAAAUUGUGGGCUCAAUUUCAUUUGCUCUGCCCGGCUUAAGAAUGGAAAGAAGGAAGGGGAAAGGUAAAAGGGGGGUUGGGUUGUUGUUGCUGUCACUUAUUGGGGAGUGACCUGAUGUGUUUUCUGUGGGAGCUGAAAGGCAGUCUGUUUCUGUCUCAGCUGUAUAUCACGUCCUAUUUUGGGAUGUUGCUCAACCCUGCUAGCUGCUUUAAAGUCUUGACAAGUUGCCACUCAUUUACAAUUUUAGACAAACAGAAACAUUUCAGAGGAGAGACUCUUUUUUUUUCCGUACGUGCAGAUAUGGUGUGGGGUUUCAGUGGCUGGAAGUCCUUAUUUUGCAGAGUGAGCUAUUAUUGUUAAAGCAAAACUGCUUGGGGACUUAGAAGCAUCAGUCAAAGUCAUCAUUCCUUUCACAAUUACUUUCUAGGGUGAGCUUUAUUCCUGGACGCAGUGUGUAUUGCCCUUCUAGAAUGUAAAGGAAAAAAAAAAAAUUAAAAAAAACAGGAAAAAAAAGAAGAGAAAAAGAAAAGAAACGUAAGUCUUAACACUGUACUACGUAACAGCAAUUUAGUUUCAUAAGUCUGAGGGCCUUCUGUGGUAAGCUUGAGGCUCUCCAAUUUUAUUUUCCUUAACUUAUGAAGCACUUUUUUUAGAGUUGUUGAUUUGCUGUUACUCCAUGCCUAUGUGUUGACUCACUGGCUUCUUAGAGACCCUUGGGAGCCUUAAUUAUUUAGUUACACCCUAUGGUUUUUAAAAAAAAUCUAAUUUACAAAUAAUGUUUAAACUUGCUUCUGGGACCAUAAGUGGUCUAGGAGUGGGUGAGAGUCUGUAGUUUACUCAAGAGGUUCUGCUGCUCUUCUAAAAUAGUUUUAUUUUAAAAUGACAGAGGUGAGAAUAACAAAAGUACUACUAGCAAAGUGUUCAUUAAAUAUAACUAUAUAUCUAUAUACACCUAUAUAAAUACUUUCUCAUUCUAUUAUCACAGUGUUAAUCUCUAGGCAGCAGCCUAAACUAAUACUGGCAGCUGAGAAGGAACUAGGGGCCAGAUCACUGGCCAGCAUUGAUCCUUUUAGCUCCACUGGGUUUAAUGGGACUGCCCCAACUAUUUCAGCUACACCAGAAUCUGAGUCUUGAUCAUUUUUUCUGUAGUUGACAUCUUAUUUGCUGGAACCAGUGACUUCCUUUUGUUUUCAUGUCAUCAACUGUCCUUUAAUUUAGGAGUGAAAGCUCAGGUUUUACUGAAUGGCCUUUGCUCUUGGGGAGCGCACUGGCUCUGCAAACACACAGAUCGCAAAUGGCCUUCCCUGUAUCUUCAGUAAUUGAUACACGGAGGUGCUGUGCUCUGAUUUCAUUUCAAAUUUAAUUUCUAUUCAUAAUUGAUUUAUUUCACUGUAGAGAAAACAAAUGAAACAAACCCCAUCACAAUUCCUUGAGCUACAGACUGGACAACAGCAACCAAAAAAGCCAACACACCAGUGUGUUUUGUUUCCUUUGUUCCUCUCCCCAAAAGUAACAAAGCCAGCAACCACCCAAGUUGCAGGUUGCAUCAGUUAAAAACUGGGCUUAAACCUAUGUGACAGAUUGCCAUUGAAACCCAACUGUUUGUACCAAUCACAAUUGAAAUGUUGUUGUUGUGCAACAAGAGCACAGCUUGAGAAUGGAAAGAACUGCCUGAGUUUAACCCCCUCCACGCGAGCAGUCUCUGUGCGCUCAGUGAGACCUUCUCCAAAAUAUAAAGUAACUAAAGUAUAAGAGAAGGGAGCAAGAUCAGGCCAUAAUGAGUUCCCAUCUGCUCACUUCAAUCUGCGUACACCAUACACGUGCCAGUUUACUCUUUGUUUGGAGGGUACUGCUUUGUUGGUUUUUUGUUGGGUUUUUUUUUUUCCCUUUCUCUUCCUAGACCUGGAGCAUUUGAAAGUAGGAGCUGAGUGGUAUCGAUUGAAAUCUUUUUAUGGUGACAUUCUUGGCAGCCAGAACCUGUGUUCAGAAAGGAUACAGUAGAUCAUGGCCAGAUUACCUGAUGACUGCUUCCCAGCACUGAAAUGCUAUUAAGUAGGAGCUGGUAAAGUCUUGCAGUAGCCUAUUAAUUAUAAUACAAUAUGGAGAGAAAUGUCAUCUGGUGUAAUAUGAGAGCUAUCAAGGCUGGGAAUAUACGGGCUUUGGAGAGACAGAUUUAAAGACCUUUUCCCAACAUUGUUCUUAAUGUAGUUGGGUUCCUCCUCCUCCUUCUUUCCUUAUUCUAACAUAGAGGAAGUUGCUGCCAUUCUCCAGGCUGUUCUCAUUCUGUUACGCUUGGUGCAAUCAAACGAGUUUGUGCAGGAGAAAAAGGAGAUGCUGUAGGGCAUCGCUUCCAUUCUGUAUGGCUGAUUCCCUGGAGCAGUGGAAGAUGGCUGAGGAGCUGUGCUCUGCAUCAUCAGGUGUUUGGAAAUCCAGAAGAAGGGAGUUGCUUUUAUUGCAUGUCACAAAGGGUUGUGGGGGAGGCAGCUGUUAUUUCUGCUUGGGCAGCAAAAAGUAUUUAGGAACGAUGUGUAAAGGGAAGGUUGCUGAAAGUCACUGGGCUUGCCUGGGGCUCUGAAAAGAUUCAUCUGUACAAAAAGAAGGGUGUCUGAGUAUCAUUUUCUGUCUGUGGGAGAUAUAACGGUCCUUUCUGCCUUCUGGUGAGUGGGGGGAAGGAGCUAUAAGAUACGGUUUAGGGGCUUGUGGUAGCAGUGGUUAUGGGAGGGCGGUUGGACUAGGUGAUCUCGUAGGUCCUUUCCAACCUUGUGAGAUUCUGUGAUUCUAAGAAUGUGGGCUUUGGAUUUUUCAGAUCGUUAGCAUUAGGGAACAAGUGUUUAAAAAAAAAAAGUGCCUGUGCAAGGCGCAGGGAUUGGGGAAAGGCAGAGCAUUGUUUGUGUAUCCACAAAUAAGUUGUUGGCAAUUAUAUCCACAGCUUGUUAGAGUGCUCUUUCACUUGCUGAUGGUUCAUCAAUACCUCCUGCAGUGUAUAUCCUAUAGGUGCUUCAGUGAUCAGCGAGAGAGGCGCAGUGGUGUUGUAGCUGGCUUCGGUCAAGCCCAACUCCUCAUUCCAGUGGCAGCAUGCAAGAACUGUGUGGGAGAGGUACAGUGCAUUGAUACCACAGGAGCAGAGAAUGAGGAAGGGGACACACUGUUAAAGCUGCCUUCCAAAACCUUCAUUUUUUGGAGAGCAAGAUGAGUUAUUGCAUUAAUUUCUAGUAAUUUCUAGUAAUUUCUGUUAUCAUUGUCCUUUUCUGAAGGCUCAGUGAAGCUUUUAAUCUUAGACCUAGAGAAAGAAAACAGAUUAAAUUCCAAUCUGAGUUUUGAACAGAAUUUUGGACUACUGUUUGUUUUAGUGUUAAGUUCCCACUUGGCAUUACUGCUGGGAGAAAGGAGCAAUCCCAGGUUCCUCAAAAGCAGAUGCCUGGUUGGCCAAGGGAAAACUAAUGGAGAGUUUUUUACAUAAGUCAUUUAGACCCCGUGCGGAAGCAUAUGAACUUUUUCUAAGAAAAGCUGUUGAGUUGUGUCAAAUUCAUUAGUCAUUCAGAGCAUACUAGGAAUUUCAGUAGGUAAUCCUUGGCCUGCAAAUCCAAUUGUUCUGAGUAUUUGGUCUUUGAAAUCGAACCUGGCUGAUUUUUAUUGGACUCCCUUGAAAUUCUUGGAAUCGGGUUUCCAGUUAAAAACAUGCAUUUGCAGAUUCAGGAUUGGCUUCCUGAACAUUCCUCAUAUUCAUUAUAUUAAAAAAAAUAAAAAAUAAGGGAGCCGUUUCUGCAAACAUCCCUGCCAAUAAACCCUUUCACUUCUUUUUACAUCCAAAAUGGCAAGAUUCUGACUCAAUUUAGAGUAGCACGAGGCUAUUAAUUCACACAGAAGCACGGCUGCUUAUUGUGCUCUUGAUGUGAUCCAUAUUCCUGGAGCAAAGGGCAUUAUCUAUAUAUCUGCUGUUACAGCCAAUGGAUUUUACAGCCACCCAUCUUUGCAGUCACUUAGGAGUGCACAUCAAAAUAUAUAGCAUUUUUCAGCAAAGCCAGCUCUUUACUCAGUAACUUAGGAGAUUAAAAUAAUUUUAUUCUCCUUAAAAAGUGCUUCCAUCUAUGAACUGAUUAGAGGUGUCCAGGCAUUAACCACUAUUGGUCCAUAUUAGAGAACGAAUCUAAAUUUGUAAGCUGGCCUUUUUUUAAUUAAAUAGUAGUAGUAAUUUCUGCAGUCUGAGGGGACAGCUCACAAGUAGCCGUGUAGAAGUAAUGUAUAUUUACUCAUCAGUGAAGAAAUUCUCUAUUUUUAAAGAAUUCCCGAAUUUCUUUCUGUUUACAAGGGUGCUCCUAAACUGGGGCUGUCAGGAAGAGGAGGAAGGCCAUGAAUCCAACCAAACCCUUCAAAACUGGCCUUCAGUGGGAUAUUAUUACUGUUGUCUUGGUCCUGAACUAUUGUUGUGUUUUUUUGUUUUUUUUUUUUCUUAUUUGGGAACACGUUGUGAAAGAUGACAGAGAACAGUCCUUCAUCCAGAGAAAAGCUUUGGAGACAAUGUAGGGAAAGGUGCUUACUUCAGCCGAGGGCAGGAGCAGUGCUAAUGCAGUUCCCUCACAAGGUAAUAUUCCUUUUACUUAACUCUUGCUGUGCAUUAUAAUGUAAUAAGGAGGGAUAAGGGAGGCUGCACUGUUACCUGAAUCAACUAAACUCGAGGGAAUUUUAGGAAGAGUGUGAUGAAAUUGACUUGGAUGCUAGAAAUGGGCAUCUUUGCUUGGCUUAGUAUCCUUUAAAAACAAAAAUAGAUGGCAGUAAUGACUUGCAGUCUAGAGCAGUUGAAGAUGUUGGGAAAGUAUAUUUAUAUAUAUGGUAUUGUGCGAUUAGAUUUAUGCUUUAUUGUUAAUGUGCCUUUUAAAAACGCAUUUUGAAAGUUCAUGAUGUCGUUCAUGGUAUCUCGCCCUGCCCUUUCAGAAUGCAUAACAAGAGCCAACCCAAAGUAAAACCCCUUCUUGUACCGCAGGCAAGGCAGAUCCCAGACCCCCAUGCUGUUUUGGCAGCUGGGCCGGGAGGGAGCUGUGCUAGUGUUUAGCUGUGAGGUAGGCAGGAAGAGUCUGUAGGAGUGGGAAGAGCUGCAGUCAUCCAGGUGCAUCCAGCUGGAGUUGGUCAAUGGGGCUGCUCCCAACUGACUCAGAGUUGGAAGAUGUGACCAUGGUGCCAAUGCCACCCCAGUCAUUGGAACAGAGCAAGGAGAAACCCGUCUGGGUGUUGUUAUGGCAGAGAUGUGUGUUGGAGGCCAGGAGGAACUCCCUCCCUUCUUUAUGGGUUUAGGAGCUGGCAUACUUGGGUGAGAAGUGCAGAAUGGUUGUGGUGCUUUCCUGGCAGGUUGGUGACCUAUUUUCAGACCUGCUUAUUUUACCUUCAGCAUCUGAAGGUGCCAGCACAGCUUGAGUCUAGUGCCAGCUCCUUGGCACAGGUCUGCUGGGGCUGACCAUCCCAGUGGGAGGAUGGAUGAGGAAUUAGGGAGAGAAGAGGCAGAAUUGGCACUGUAGAGACAGUAUUCUUUUUUAUCCCAUUAAGGAAAGGGUUGAAAGAUUGGCCAGGGAGAGCAUUGCCUGUUUACUGUUUUAGGCUCAUGCAGCGUUCCCAGUUACUUCAGUUCACUUCCAGCCCUCAGAAUGGUGGUUACUGCCCUGCUCACAUGGAUCCCUGUUUGGGAGUACAACUGCCCAUGCUCUCUUGCUGCAACAUCCUUUUCCUUUACAUUGUGAGACUUGCUGUUCUGUGGGCAGCAGUGACCAUCCUAAUAUUAUUUACGGUUAGAGAAAGAAAAAAAGAAAAAAGACAAAGCUUUACAGUUAACCCUGUGCUUAAUGAGUUAGAUGAGGGCUUUCCUUGCUGAGUGGUACAGCGCAGCAAUUACCUCCAGCUCGUGGUCGGCAGCACCCAAUAGAAGAGUUCUGUGGUGACGGCAAAUCCGCAGGUGUGCCUGUAGCAGCCUUAAUCCUUUCUGCCCAGCAGUAUGUGCGUGCUGUGCUGGCAGCCUGCAGUCCACGUUGUCCAUUGGCAUGAAAUAUGGGAGCCUCCUGUGAGGCAGAGGGGAGAGCAUGAUGCCAUUAUUGGCACAAAGAGGCCAGUUUGCAGUAAAUUGGGCCAUUUAGCUUUACCUCAAGUGACGUGGAGUAAGAAAAGCUUCUUGAAGGGGUAGAGGUCACUGAAUCCCCGACUAUGCACUUACUGGGAUUUGACAUUGCUUACUGGAAAUGGAUGUUCGCUUCUGAGCACACUGUAACAAGGGAAGGACUUUUGGUUAUUUUUUAUGUUGUAGUUCAGAUUCUGAAACUGUGAUCGAUUCUUUUGACUUAAUUGUCAAGUGUUCUCAGAGCUUGAACGCGUUCCCUCCCUCUGUCAUGUAACAGUUUCCUUCGGUUUUCAGUUGGUUUCUCUUUCUCCCCCUUUUCCUUCUCUAAGUCUGGGCCUGCUCUUAUCUCCUGUAGCUUGGGGCUGUCUAGGGUUUUAUUUUGUGUGUGUGUGUAUGUGUGUUUUUUGUUCAUCGGCUGUACAGUCUGUUUACAUAUUUUUGUACUCAAGUGUAGUUUUAUAUUAAAAACAGGAAAAAGAAAAAAAACAUAGUUGAAUUGAGAAAAAAUAUUAAGGUACGUACUCUUUGUAACACUUUAAAGACCUAGGGUACCUUCCGAGGUGACUUUGCAGUGAUGUAAUUAUAAUACUGUAUAUUUGCCUUCCUUUUUAGUUGGUUUUAUUUUCUGGGUUGUUUGUUUGUUUGUUUGUUUUGUUUUGUUUCCUAAAAUGUAUAUCUUUUUAUGAGAAACUGGAAACUUUUAAUGCAAAUGUUCAGAAAGAUUUAACAUUGUAAAGUAAAAAGUCAUAUAAUGGGUUGUUUUUUUUUUUUUUCCUGUUGGAAGAAAAUGCUUUAAAAAGUUUUACUACUGUUGUAUUCCAGGGUGGGGGUUGCCAACCCCAAAUUUCCUUCUCGUGCUUCAUUCUUGGGUCUUGCUUUCUAAAAAUGCUCAUUGCAGACAUGGAUGAUUCGCUUGUAUUAGUUUAAAAAGAAAAUCACAAAGAAAACCACCUUUUAGGGGUAUUUUUCGGUUCAAGUGCAAUACUUCCCCCGAUGUCUUAUUAAUGUACGAUGGUUUCCUUUUCCUUUCCUCAGUCAACACAAAUCAGUGAAGCAAAAUGCUCUGUCUUAAAUACAUUCAAAGAUAAGUUUUGAGUAAGUGCAGGAAUUCAGGUUUUGGCUGACAGAAAGUGAGAAGCUGUAGGUUAAGACUGAAGCCCAGCCCUUAACUCCGGCUUGUAUUCAGCACUGACACACAUCCAGUGGUCUGAACUGAGGACAAAUGUGUUCUUGCCUCUUCCUUCCUUUUCUAAUUGCAGCUUUCUUUUCUUCCUCUUAAAAAAAGAAAAAAAGAAAGAAAAAAGAAAGAAAAAAGAAAAAAAGAAAAAGAAAAAAAAAAAAAAGAAAGAGAAAAAGCACUUAAUAUUGAUGUUUAUGGAAAAAUAAUGGAAAAGAAAAAGAUUGCUUGGUCCGAUCCAAAACCCACUCAGUGGAGACUCGCACUGAGUUUGAUGAUGGAUUUUGGAUUAGGCCUAAGCUCUUAGCUAGGGCAAAGCUUCCAUUUGCUCUAAUGGGAGAGAUUUGCCAGCGUAAGAAUUACAGGACUUGUGUCCUUUAUCUACCUGAGAGACCAGAAAAGCUUCUUUACAGUUGUCCUUGUCUUAUAUAUGUUUAGAUGGGACUUGUUUUACAUAUUAUACAUAUUUAUAUAUAGCGUAUUUUUAAUGCCUUUUCCCCCCCCUUCUCCUCCCCCGGUAGACUGAAACCGCUGUUCUGUAAAUAUGUAUUUAGGUACAUAACAAAAGAGAAAAACCCCAUUGAGAUUCUUGGAAAGGCAGUUGCUGCGCAUGCACAGGAGCCACUUUUGUCUCUUAAAUUUGUAUUUAAGAUAUUCCUUUUUAAUAAUAACAAAGGUGAGGAGACCAUAUGAUGGAUUGCCAAAAUAUUUCCCCAGACUCGGCUGUCUGAGUUGAAGAAGAAAAGUGCACUCUGUGGGGUGACUGCCCACAGGUUCACUCUUUUAGGGCCAAAUUCUGGUAAUCUGCUGUAGGCUGUAUAGGUUCCCCCUCCAACAGGGACCAUGCUGGAGCAGUGGGGUGGUAGCAAAGCGCACCAGGUCUUGUGAACGUAAUUUCAGAUUUUGAGCCAUUUGUCACAACACCUUUUAUGACAUGCGGGGCUGCUCUCUGCCCACUCGGGUGCCGAAUUCCACGUUGGUCCUGGUUCCUCCCAGGUCAGGAUUUUUAGUUCUGAGCUCAAAUUGAGGAAUAUAAUAAUAAUAAUAAUAAAACCCAACAAAUUAAAACCAGAAUUUACUCCAAAACCCAGCGAGCACACUGGGAUUUGCCCCACUGCUUCCCAUGGAAAUCAGAACAUCAUGCUCUUGUAAAGGAGUUCAGCAAUGAUCACUGUUGCAGUGGUGCAUGUGAGCAACCCCAAUGUAAACCCAUAUCCCUCUGCUGAAGAGCUUCGCUGCUGUAGACUGAAUUAUGGGACUUAUUUGGUUUUUAUUUUCCACCUUAGUCUACAUGCAUACAUAUGGUUCCACGUCUGUAUGUGUGUGCUCUGUACAUGUGUGAGUGUUGUGCAGCCACGUGAGAGUGUGAGUCUGUAUGUGUGUAUAAAUAAAAAGAAGCUGCAGAAACUUUGUAAUACUUUGUGAAAAGGAUUAUAUUAUAAAGGUUUGUACUGUCUUGAGUGCACAGCUACUGGAAUAAAUGUAGGGAAUCUCAGGAACAAGCAUAUAAUUUGUCCAAGAAUUAUUUCUUCUCAGAAGUGUAAGUGCAGUUUUUAAUUCUGUAUAUUAUUUAAUAUUUUACCAAUAAAAAUAAACUUCUGACAUGAAA